UGAAAUGUUUGUUAAAGCGGCCAUGUAAAACUCGAGUUAUGGGCGGAGCCAGAGAUAUUAAACGUGUAGGGCUGUUUUGUCAGUAACAGUACGUGCGUGCACGAGCUCUAAUGUCACAAAGAUAAAAAAUGAGUGAGGAUGUAUAUGAGGUCCCUGAGGGGACAGAGUAUCGUUAUCUAGUGCAGGACGAAGAAGAGGAACAGAUACAGUACGUCCGUCGCCACUAUGUCAGUCCAUUCCUGGUGGUGUCGCGCAGGUGCAUGUUCCUCAUCAGCUGCGGCGUGAUCGCUCUCCUCUCUCUUGCGGGAUACCUGGCAUACGUGGCUGUGACUCCGCGUCCAGGAGUGGCAGAGGUGGAGACGGAGUGCGGUUGGCUGCGUGGGAGCUGGAAAGGUGGAGCUUAUUCUUUUAAAGGCAUCCCAUAUGCCAUACCACCUGUGGGUGAACGUCGCUGGCGACCCCCGGCGGACCUGAUGGAGGCGGGACAGUGUUGGCAGGGCAUGUACGAUGCUACUCGAUUCCGUAGCAUCUGUGCGCAGGUGCAGCCCCUCCGAAAAGACGGGCAGGUCAUGGGACAGGAGGACUGUCUGCAUCUCAGCGUGUGGACGCCGAGUCUACAGCCCGCCAAACCACUCCCUGUCAUGGUGUGGAUCCACGGAGGGUAUCUCCACAUGCUGAGUGGCCAGGAGAGAGGAUACUCGCCCACUGAAGAGCUAGCGGCCCGCACGCAGACAGUGUACAUCAGCCUGAAUUACAGACUCAAUGCUUUCGGCUUCAUGGCCCUGGAGGUGCUCAGAGAAGGUUCUCCCACCAACUCCUCAGGGAAUUAUGGCUUCAUGGACCAGAUCCAAGCACUUCAGUGGGUCCAGAGAAAUAUCCAUAACUUCGGUGGUGAUGCUGGAAGGGUCACCAUAUUUGGUCAAAGCUCAGGAGGAACUUCGGUUUGGACCUUGAUGAUGUCUCCACUAGCCAAGGGACUCUUUCAUCGCGCGAUUGACAUGAGCGGCUCGUAUGUGUAUAAUGCUUCUCUGGAGUCAGCAGAAAAAGACAACUUAGAAUUCCUGAGGAGAACUGGCUGCAAGAACGCCAUCUGCCUGAGAGAACUACACAUCGCUCAAGUCCUUCAGGCAAUCCCGUGGCAGCAGUACCCAGCAUGGGCAGCCGAUGAAUUAACCGAUCUUCCAGUCAAAGAUGUUUUUCUUGGCCCGGUUGCAGUAGUUGACAACUAUGUUCUUAAAGCUCCUCCGUUUGAAACCUGGGAGAAGGGUGGAGCCGAAGCCUAUAAUGACGUCCCAUUUGUGGUUGGAACAACUGAACAGGAGACUGAUUUUAGUCCUCCAUAUGAAAACAUCUCAACAUGGACUUGGGGAGACUAUCGGUGGAUUGUGACAAACAAACUGACCCCUUUCGGAGAGGCCCUGACCAAUCAGGCACUGAGGCUGUACAAUAGCGCAGCUCCGUGUCCAACCUCUGACCGAUGUCCAGAGAGACUCUUCACCACCAUGGUCUCUGACAUGAGGGCCACCUGCCCCAGGAACGACCUGGCUAAGAGAGCUGCAGGAGCCUUAAAGAGUCCAGUGUACCGUUAUCUGGUGACUUACACUCCAUCAAAACAGGCAAACGCCUCCAGGUGGCUUCCCUUCCCCAGUCGCUUUGCCUUUCAUCUUCUAGACAGCCUGGCCUUCUUUGGGGGUCUUGAAAUGGUGCUGGGGACCCUGUCACCAGCUGAUAUCAGCUUCCAGGAAAUGAUCACCAAGUAUUUUGUACAUUUUGCCAAAGAGGGUAGGAUGCCAGAGGAGUGGCUGGAGUUCCCCUCACGCGUCGCCCUGCUGGACAAGAACAUUUCUUUCGUAACCAGCUACUCUGGCGAGAGGUGUGACCUGUGGGAGAAGAACGGCUUCUACUCGUACGCCUGGAUCAACUGAGCCACAUCACUGGUUGUAUCAAUCCAUCCACUGCAUUUUCAUCCGACUGCGUGACACCAGCAAAGCUUUACUGCGUGAUUAUACAGCACUGAUAUAUUUUAUAAGACUUUGCAGAGUAUGUAAUGUAUUUUGCACAGUUGUUUGCACCUACAGCAAAAUAAGUCUGUUUCCAUAGGAAAGGAUAUCACAGAGAUAUCUCUUGUGUCUCAAUAGUUUCUCUCAGACAGCAAUGAGAUUAAAUCGAGCUCAAACAGAGACUCAGAUCUUUCUAAUGUCUGUAAAGUCUAUAAAGUUAGAUAUAUAUUUUUUCCAAGACCAAAUUAUCAGAGCUAUUUUAUAGCUUGUUUUUCUUAUUGCAUAUCAAAAUUUAUUCUUUAUUUUGGGACAAACAUCUGAGUCAAACUAAAAGGGGAUAAAGGGAUUGUUCACCAAAAUGCCUGUUUUUUGUCCAUAUAUCUAUUUACCAUUAUUCAGGUUUUUUUCUUGUUUGUUUGUUACACUAAUCGGCUCCAUUCAUAUAAUUACCGAAUAUAGCCAGUCUGCUGUUUCUAAACCUGUUAUUCUUUGAUUGUGUGACUAAGUAAAUCCAAAGCUUUGACAUGGAUGGGAAGCCAGGGCUUACAAAGGGAUAAUGCGGCUCUCUGAUCGCCUUCUUUUAAUUUAACUGCUGUGCAAAUAAGACUGAAGGAGGAUUUAUGCUUACAUUGUUCUUUUGUUUGUAUGUAGAUGCCGUAGAUCCUCACUAUUGAUGCAUUAACAGAAGUUAACAUUUAUGUGUGUUUUUGUACCUGUGAUCAAAGGGUCUUUUAGCACUCCUGAGCAGAUUUUAGAAUCAAGGCCUUCGGAAUCAGGAAAAUCGUAACACCUUGAGCGCUAUCACGUAAAAUCUGAACUAGGAAGAGUUGUGUUUUUAUAACACAGCCCCAUAUCUCUGGCAUGGCUGAAUGAAUGGAGAGGUCAGAGGCCGUUCUGCCCCUGUGCAACAGGAUGAAAGACAUCCGUUGAAUAAGAGCACAUGAAAGCCCUGACCCACUUACAGACUCCUUUUUAACCCUGUAAAGCCUGACAUAUUAAAUAAUAGUGCAAAAAUAUGAAAUUUCAAUUUAAAGUUUGCACCUUUUUAUGAAUAUGUGAUACAUGAAAAUAUUUAGCUCAUACUCGAGAAAGAAACACCUGUUUUAU